GGCUACUCCCGGUCCUUACAGGUGUGCAACUUGUCAACAGGAGCCGUUGCGCUAGAACAGACUACUUUACCUUAGCCAAUAUAAAACAUGAGCAUACAGUCCGAGGCAGGGUUUCGCAUUGAAAAGGAUGCCUUUGGAGAGAUAUCAGUUCCUAAAAACAAAUAUUAUGGAGCAGGAACAGCUAGGUCUAUCUAUCAUUUUGAUAUUGGAGGAGUGACAGAAAGAAUGCCAAUCCCAAUUAUACGUGCUUAUGCCAUUUUAAAGAAAGCAGCUGCUGUUAUCAACAUGGAAUAUGGAUUGGAUCCAAGAGCUUCUGAGGCAAUAGUACAGGCUGCUGAAGAGGUAUGGUAUCUGCAGUAGGAGGAAUUUAAAAUAUACUGUCAGUUAAGAAUAUAUAUA